AUGCCUACAGGUAAAUUGGCAAAAUGGCAAAUUUUGUUAAGUGAGUUUGACAUUGAGUACGUGACACAGAAGGCCAUCAAAGGACAAGCCUUGGCUGACCAUCUCGCAGAAAAUACAGUGGAUAAGGAUUACGAGCCGCUAAAAACCUAUUUCCAUGAUGAAGAGGUGUUGUUUAUAGGAGAAGACAUGUCAGAACUAUGCGAUGUCGAUUAUUUCACAAAAUGGGUCGAAGCUUCAACAUACAAGGCAGUAACUAAGAAAGUAGUGGCAGACUUUGUUCGCAACAAUGUAGUUUGUCGAUUUGGGAUUCCAGAAUCAAUCAUAAUAGAUAAUUUUGUCAAUCUCAAUAGCGAUAUUAUGAAGGAAAUUUGUAAGCGGUUUAAGAUUGCCCAUCGAAAUUCCAUAAGUUAUCGACCACAGAUGAAUGGAGCAGUUGAAGCUGCAAACAAGAAUAUCAAGAAGAUUUUAAGGAAGAUAGUGGAUAGUAAGAGACAAUGGCACAAGAAGUUACCAUAUGCUCUGCUUGGUUAUUGUACCAAAAUCAGAACUUUUAUUGGGACAACUCUUUGUUUUGCGGGAACAGACCCUACAUAA